AUGAGGCAAGGCCAGAGAUCAAUAUUGGACUACAAACUUCAUAGAGUUAAAGUCUAUGUCAUGGUGGAAGACAAGCAGUGGAAAAACAUAGGCAUAGGACAAAUUUCAUCCAAAUACAGCGAACAGCUCCACAGUGUGUACCUGCUUGUUCAUUCAUUAUUAGAUGGAUCUCCAAUUAUGGAGUGUAAGAUACAACCUAAUGUGCCCUAUCAGAAACAUCAAGGGGAAGUAAUCAUUUGGUCUGAAGCUAAGAACCAUGGUAUGGCAAUACAUUUCCAGGAACCAAAUGGUUGUCAAGAGAUCUGGGAAGAUAUAUGCCAAGUUCAAGGUAAAGAUCCAAGUGUAGAAAUCACACAAAAACUUACUCAUGACCUAGAAACUUUUGAAGAACUGCCGCCAAUCAGGAAUCUGAUUGAGAUGUCAAACUGUGAACUCUAUACCCUUGAAACCAUUGCAAAUUUAUUUCCUAGUGUCAAUGAAAUGCCAAGCCAGAAAGAAAGGCUGGUCGUGAUCUUGGAUAAUGAAGAUUAUAUUAAAAAAUUGCUAAAGCUGUUCAACACUUGUGAAAAACUGAAGAAUAUGGAAGCCUUACACUAUUUGAAUAGCAUAGUUAAAGGAACCCUGUUUCUAAAUGAUACUCGCUUGCUUAAGAUCUUGUUUUCUGAUGAAUUCAUCAUGGAUGUGAUAGGAUGCUUUGAAUAUGGCCAUGGUUUAGAUCAGCCAAAGCUGCACAGGGAAUUCUUGACUCAAAAUGCCAAAUUCAAGGACAUUAUGCCAAUAACAGCCUCCCAACUUAGGCAAAAAAUACACCAGACCUAUAGAAUGCAAUAUAUUCAUGAUAUAAUGUUGCCUUCCCUAUCCAUAUUUGAGGAAAAUCUUCUUUCUGAACUUACCACAAUUAUUGUUUUCAAUAAAAUUGAAAUAAUUACCAUGCUGCAAAAUGAUAAAAAAUUUUUGCUUGAAGUUUUUGCUCAGCUAAAAGAUAACACCAUAGGUGAUGUUAGACGGCAUGAAUUAUUAUUAUUCUUUAAAGAAUUCUUUGUACUUGUUAAGACAUUAAAGUCUCAUAAGAAAAAUUCAUUACUGAAAUCACUGAUCAAGCUUGGAAUCAUGAAUGCUUUGAAAGUUGUAGUAUACAUACAUGAUUACCAAAUGCAAGUAGCUGCUCUAGAAAUAUUUGCUUAUCUAGUAGAAUAUAGUCCACGCCAAGUCUGAGCUUAUGCAAUGGAAGGAGCUCAGAACAGUGAAGAUAAUAAUGAUCUUAUCAUUAAUGUAAUGAUUAAACAAAUGAUCUGUGAUUCUGAUCCUGAAUUUUCACAAGGCAUCAUUUUGACAACAGUUCUGUGUGCUCUUCUUGAUCCAGAGAAUAUGCAUGUCAUAGCUAAGGGAUGUGAAAAAAGGAAAUUUCUGAAUUUCUUCUAUACAUGUUGCAUGAGUAACUUCAUAGGACCAAUUUUGUCUACCACAAUAGAAAUUGACAUCGAUAAUAAUAGAGCUAACAUCUGCCCUGAUGAUUAUCAAAAUGAACAAUUGCUUGGAGAAGUUUUAGAAAUACUCAUGUUUUGUGUACAAUGCCACUCAACAUACAUGAGAAGUUGUAUUUUGAGCAACAACUUGCUCAGUAGAAUCUUGGUGCUGAUGAAUUCAAAGCACACUUUUCUAAUUUUGAGUGCUGUCUGGUUUAUGAGAAAAAUGAUUGGCCUUAAAAAUGAAAUUUAUAAUCUUUACAUAAGUAAAAAAAAUCUUUUUGAACCAGUUGUGAGUGCUUUUAUGCUUAAUGGAACUCGGUACAAUAUGUUAAAUUCAGCUAUCAUUGAGCUAUUUGAAUUUAUAAGAAAAGAAAACAUUAAGUCUCUUAUUACAAACAUUGUGGAAAAAUUUUUGGCUUUUGAAUCAAUUGAGUAUGUCCAGACCUUUAAAGGUUUAAAAACUAAAUAUGAAGAGAAAAAGAAAACAGAAAGUCUAAUAAGAAGGAAUUUACAUAAAAUAACCUACCCAAAAAUAUGUCAACAAAGUAGCAAAGUUAUGAAUGUAAAAGUAAAGGCAGGCAUAUGUUGUAGAGGAAUCACAAAAGAAGGGGCUAUUCUACCAAUGGAAAAUGACUAUUCAAGUCAUUAUGACAUAUUUAUGAAAAUUAAAGAAAGAAAUGAAAGUGAAAAUGAAAUAGAAAACCCAAAAAGAAAAUCAUCUGAAGGCUUUACAUGUUGUCCAUCUCAUGGGGAUGCUUCUGCUAACAGAAUGAGUAGGUCACACUGUAACAGCCUGGUUCCUUUAGUCGAUUACCCAUAUGAUACUGAUUGAGAGAAUGAUGAUGAUCCUUACGGUAAUGAUGAAAAUGAAGAUGAAGAUAAAGAACCCCCGAAAAAAGAUCUAAUCUUAAUUCAUAAAAUCAUCUGA